CCACACAGCACGCACCUAUACCUAUUUAAGUACCCAGAUUUCCUGGAGAGUCAGUGUUUUGCAUGCUGGAGUGAGCGAUCUCAGCUCUAGCAGCAGGAUCGUCAAACCCAGCCGAAUUCAAGCUAAGCGGAAAGCAGCACACGGGAUCUGAGCAUUUUCCUGCCUCGGAAGCCUCCAAUUCCGUGUUUAAAAUAACCCAAACAACCCAAACUGUGUCGGGGGAGGGCGCUGAGCGGCAGCAGGAAGCGGCGGGCCCAGCUCCCGGGCACCGUCGGCAGACGCGGGAAUCGAGUCGGUUCUGGAUGCAGGAAAUAUGGAUGAGUGGCAGAAAAAAAGCCCUCUAGAGUGGGAAGCAUAUUUGAACAAACUGGUGAAAGUUGCUGUAGUUGAGAAACAUGAAUAUGAAGGAUGGGUCUUAACAGUUGAUCCAGUUUCUGCUAGUAUUGUCCUCGCAACAUUCCCGGAGAAUGAAAGUGCGUCCAUAUCAGUUGUCCUGGGCCAUGCUGUUGAGGAGGUAGAAAUACUGAAAGAAGGGGAUGAUGAAAUGAAGCAACGACUUUCUUGCAUAUUUGAACCUGAAGAAAGCAAAGUCUACAGCCCAGAGGAACUUGAAAAGAGGAAGAACAAUUUGAAGACUUGGUUAGAAACAAACCACAUCCCCAUAACAGAGCAAGGCGAAUCGGGAAAGACGCUAUGUGUGGCAGGGGUAUUGACUAUUGACCCACCAUAUGGCCCAGAAGAGUGCAGCAGCUCCAAUGAGAUUAUUCUGUCUCGAGUUCAAGGCUUAAUACAGGGAUAUCUUGAGAAAAACCAAUGAUGUCUGCUGUUCAAAGCAGUUGCCUUUAGGAAUGAGUGUACCUGGCCUAUUUUAGGAACUGUCUGGGAUAUAAAUAUUUGCAGAAAUGCUGGGUUUAGAUACUUUUGUCUGAUUUUUGUAUGUUAAGAAAGGGUUAAAACAAGCAGUAUAAACUAAAACCAUGAAGCAUUUUUUCCCUGUUUUUUACUAAAAGCAUGCUGUUGGGUAAUGAUAAUGUGUAUCAAACUGAUGAUGUAAGUUUAUUGUAUCAGGAAUAAGAUAAUGUAUCAGUUGAAUAGCUAUUUUUGUAACAGUACUCUGAAAGAUGAUACAUGAUAAAUUUAAA